AUGGCUCUCGACGGUAUAAUAACUUCCCCGCAUCGGAGGUCACAGAACGCAGUCUCUUCACCAUCAUUUAGGAGACAAUACUCGAGAGGGAAUGAUUUUGGAAGUUGUUCAACACUCCUUCAGCGGCAUCGCUUCCUGCUCACUGCUCUUGCCCUCUUAGCUUUCCUCUGCACUAUAUACUUAUACUUCGCUGUCACUCUGGGGGCUGACGACGCAUGCUCCGGAUUGAGUGGAACACAAAAAGCAUUGUGUCAUGUGGAGCAAGCAAAAGCAUCUUUGGCCAAAGGGAAAUUGAAAUUCUUCUAG